CACACACACACACAAGCACAAUAUUCGUUAGCACGCAGCAACCAUCGUGGGGGAAAGGUAAUACAAUUGAGAGAGACACUCUGCUUCGGAUUCUUCUUUCUUUGUCCUUGAUUCCAAUCCUCAGCUAAUUGUGUAGAAUACCCGACGUGUCCUCUCAACUUCUGGGAAUUUCUGUUUCUUCUUCGAUUGGUUGGGUCUCGGUGUGCUUCCCUUCCAAUCGAUCCGAUUUAUAACCAUGGCGACGAUCGGGCACAACAACCUCAACGCCAAAUUGGUUCUCCUUGGUGAUAUGGGCGCCGGAAAGUCCAGCCUGGUUUUGCGAUUUGUCAGGGGUCAAUUUCUUGAAUUCCAGGAAUCAACAAUAGGUGCAGCCUUCUUUUCACAGACAUUGGCUGUUGAUGAUGCAACUGUUAAAUUUGAAAUUUGGGACACGGCUGGACAGGAGAGGUACCACAGCUUGGCUCCCAUGUACUACAGAGGAGCUGCUGCUGCCAUCAUUGUCUAUGAUAUUACUAGCACAGAUUCAUUUACACGUGCAAAGAAGUGGGUCCAAGAACUUCAAAAGCAAGGGAACCCUAAUAUGGUCAUGGCUCUUGCUGGUAACAAAGCUGACCUGGAAGAUAGGAGGCAAGUGACAGCUGAAGAGGCACGUGUAUAUGCCGAGGAAAAUUGUCUCUUUUUCAUGGAGACCUCUGCCAAAACUGCAGCAAAUGUAAAUGAUGUAUUUUAUGAAAUAGGAUAAUUUAGAAGGGGAAACAUGAAACCAAAGAAGAGAUACUCUCCUCGAGGGAAAAGUCUGUUCAUCAUUUGUAGGGGAGGGCGAUAUUUGCACUGUUUUUGCCUGGGAUUGAAGUCUGAAGUCUUAACUGCGAAAAAAAUACCCAUGUCUCCCAUGUGCUUUUGUUUUGAAUUAUUUUACUUUUUUCACCGUGACCCGUGAAUUCUGUUAACAGCCAAGAGAUUGCCGAGGGCCCAGCCUACUCAAAAUCCAGCAGGAAUGGUUCUUGUGGAUAGACCCCCAGAAGGAUCAAGAGCUUUAUCAUCGUGCUGUUCAUAAGUCGUGCGAUUUGCGUGGCAUCCACCCAAAAAGGAAAAUUAAACACGAUGUGGUUUGUCUUAGCUCUCGCCAAAUACUUCACUUUCCCAUGUGCUUCAGGGGCCACCUACCUACUAACCUAUCCAACUUGUUCUGUAAUUUUCCUGCUGUUUACCUUUUGUUGCCCUCCACCAAAAAAAAAAAAAAAAACGAAACUUUAUGGUACAGAAUAUACCUGGGAUAUGCGGUGUCUGUGGGUUCAAUAGUAUCUAAGGAAAAAUGCAUCUAAACUUAAGCUUGCUCGCUUACCUCUUUUAACAACGUUGGUUAGCUUUUCGCUCCC